AUGCCAACUCUCGCGCAUAAAAUCGGUUCUCUUCUCUUUUGUCCUCAUUGCGGUACUCUGCUUAGUCCUCCAAAAGAUAACGAGCAAAUCGUUAUCUGCGAACAAUGCAGCUAUGAGGAGCCAGCAUCAUGUGUAUUACCUACUCGGUCACAUCCUGAAGCAUUCCCUUCAGCACUGAGACAGAAGCGCAAGACCCAAACGAAAAUUCAUCAGGGUAAAGUCUUACCCAAGGUGUCAGAAAAAUGCCCAUCUUGCGGACAUCUGGAAGCUUAUUACGAAGAGAAACAGAUGCGCAGCGCCGACGAAGGUUCCACAAUUUUAUACACAUGUGUCUCUUGCAAACACGGCUGGCGUGUUAACAACUAG